UAAUGUAAAUAUUUGCGCCUCAACCCGUUCAAUUAAGGUUAACCUCGACUUUUCCAUUCGACGUUUCCCAGUGUUCAACAUCAGAAUGCACUUUACUCAAACCUUUGCACGACCUCGAACACUUCAUAUCAUAGGAGGGAUUGAGACUCAUUGAAAUAUGACACCUAAUAGUAUUAAAGAUGAUGGAGAUCAUCCUCAUUCUGAUGAUACAACCUCUCACACGAGCAUAGGAAAAAGGUCUCGUGAUCAAAUGGAACGACCCCAAAAGAUACCAGCUUCAAUAAAGUCAUGUAAUGAAUGUAGACAGCAGAAAGUAUGUAUCCACACUUUCUAUGAAGAAGCUAUUUGACUGACCUAUACCUUUAGCUUGGUUGUAAUGUUGAAAAGGAACCAUUCAAGGCUUGUUGUAGAUGCACUCGUCUUGGUAUUCAAUGCAAAUUAGACUCGGAUUUCAAAAGGGUUGCAAAGAGGCAGUAUGAUGAUUCUGCAAUUGAUUUGUUUGGCACAUACUAAUAAAUCUUCAGUAAACAUGCCGAGAUGCAAAAAGAAAUAGAGGAAUUGAGGGAAUUGGUCGCAAAACAAUCAGCACAACUUGCUGCAGCAAAUUCUCCUGAUAAUUCGGAAAAGGAAAACAUUGCCUCAUCUUCUACAGAAUCGAAACCAAAAGAUCAAAAGAUUGAUGACAUUUUAGUUUCUGGUGAACAACUUUCUUUCUUAUUCGAUCAGUUGAGUCUCUUCGUGUAUUAGUUUGCCCGACUCGAACUCAUUCUUCCCAUAUAGGUAUUUCUCUCGAUAUCAUCAUAUAUGUCCAAUUCUUGAUCCUAAUCAAACAUGCGAUCAAAUAUUCGCUCAAGACCCGGUACUUGGGUGGGGAAUGGUUCUUGUAUCAGCUAGACGUUACCCACAUGAUCCCACUUUGGUAUUAAACCUAUCAAAGGCAUAUAUGAAAUUUUUAUGGAACUCUAUAUCUGAUAUGCCUCAAAGAGCAUCAUCUAUCAAAGCCCUCGCAUUGCUAUGUACUUGGCCUGUACCUUUAAUUCGAGGUUUCACAAAAAUUAGGAAUGAUAAAGCUUCAGCUACCAUGGGAUUAAGUGAAUUGGAUCCAACGUCCAUGUUGAGUGGAAUCAUGAUGCAAAUUUCUCUGCAAAUGGGGAUGCAUCGUCCUCGUCAUGCACAGGAUUUCCUUAAACAGACGAGAGAUGUAUCCGAAGCUGAGCUGAGGGAUAGAAAGUUGACAUGGGCGAUAUGUAACAUUGUUUCUCAAAGGUUUGCGUUUUCCUCAACAUUUCUUGCCACGGGCUUGACCGACUAAUAUUCGAACCAGCGUAUCGACUGCAAAUGGCCAACCCACAAUAACCAUUUAUGACUGGGGACUUGGGGAUGGCCUUGAACAAAAUUCCGAAAUACUUCCUCCCGGUAUCAAACAUCGAUUAAAGAUUGAGAAAUUUUGUCAAAAGGUUUCGAAAAAAUUAUAUGGGAACAGUUCUGAGGUGACGGGAGUUUUGUCCGAUAUAGAUGAACAAAUAUCGGUUACUAGUAUGCUUGAACGUCAAUAUCAACAACUGGAAGCCGAGAGCGUUACGUUCUCAUGUAAGUACCUCCUUUAGCCGUACUUUUUCUUGUCCAUGUCACUCACAAUUUUAGCACUGAAUAAACUAUACCUACUUGCAGCUCGACUUCAUCUUCACACGUUCGCAUUUUAUAUCCCAGAGUUCUCACGAAGUCAUUUAGCUGCCCUGUCUUCAGCCUACAACUCCGCCAUAAAAUUCAUUCAAGCUCUACUUGACUACGAUCUUCAUUCCGAAGCAAUUCUUCCUUACUGCUCAUAUUAUAUUCUUAAAAACUUAAUUUGCGCAUCAUGUGUCCUACUAAAGAUAUUAAAUAGUACAUAUGCAAUGCAGUUCGAUAGUACACAAGGGAGAUCUCUCUUCAACGCCGCAAUUCUAGCAGCAAGGUCAACAAGUUUAGCUACAAAUGAUUUUUCGGAUCGUAUUGCUGAGGGGCUAGCCAGAAUGUGGAGAAGUGCUGGGUCAGGAGAUUUGAAUCGACGACGCGAGGACUUUUCCCCUAUAGAUAUUAAAAUUCAAUCGAGAUUGUCUAUCAGUCAUGUCCAUGAUUGCUUCUUACGUUGGAGAAAGACUAUUAAUCCUCCUGCCACUAUUAAAAAUGGUAAGUUUUCUCUCUUUCGAUCCCUAGUUUCUGCUCCGUAGUCAUAAAUCCUUGAAGUAUACUGACUUCCGGGUAGCCUCUGAAAACAAUCGCAACCACCCUAUGAAUAAUUCCGAGACUUCGUACAACGCUAUUAAUGGAGAUUUAUCCCAACAAGAACAGGGUGCUACCGCAACAUAUUUUCAGCCGGGCUCAUUAGAAGAAGCGAUGAACUUUCCGCCUAUGAUUGCGGAUUUCGAUUUAUUGAAUUCGUUGGAUUGGAAUUUCGAUGAGAAUUUGCUUGCGGCUUGGACAUGAGAAGGUGAUCUUUUCUGCAACUCGGCGAUGCCUUUAGAUUUUUCAAACGAAAGCGCGAUUAGUUCUUGCGCUAAUAGGAUGGCUAGAAGCUCACCCUGACGUUAUCGAUGAGACUACGUAGUGAUAUGAGGAGACUGGGAUGUGUAAUCAUUUGGAGUGGCUAUAUAGGUACAUAGGACGAAGAAGGGGAGCUAUUAAUUGAACAAGCCAUCAUUAGACAACUUGAGGAAGUUUCUGCCCAGAGACGCCGACACGGAACAAUAGGCCAUGGGAGACGGCACUUUCUCCUUGGUAUCAUCAUUGUAAUUAUUGAAAAAAAGGAAAAUUGGAAAAAUAAAAAGAUUAUAACCCCAAUUCAUGUCCUGCGAAUUCAUUCCUUUGUAACUUGCACCAUUCUCAUUUAUCCAUACCUCAC